CACGCCGUGGUAGGAGAAACUCUUCUGGCCGUUCCAUUGACCUCCAACGGCGACGACCACCUCGUAGUCGUCUCUACUACCGGACCAUUCUGCUGAUUGUCGAUGUCGACCGACGCAUCAUCUGUCCGCAACCUUCGAUCCCUCUUCGAAAACCACAACUCUCGAAGCUCGACUCCCAAUUCUCUCAACACCCUUGACCACCCUUCCGAGGGUACUCCCACGCGCGGACGAUCGCCCGCAGCUUUGGGAAACAGCAAUCUCGGCGAAAAGCUGGACGGCGUCAUUCGGACAGCUUCAAAGAUUCGCGCGAGCUUCGUACCGGUCGAACAACGUCCCACGAAAAUGUCUACCGCCGCGGAUCUGCCUAGUGCCACCACCGAAGCGAAGAGGGAGAGCAAUGCUGGGCUAAGAAGACCAAGUUUCAGCGAGGACAAGGACAGUGCAGCAGUGGGUAAGCUAAAGGAGACGAUAUCGCAAGAGCAAAAGAGGCGGAACAAGGAUUCUUCGGUCAAGGAUACUAUUCCGGAGCGAGCCAUCGAGUCUGCUGCGGCGACGCCCAUGCUAGAGGCCAAUCGACAAUUGGGAGGAGGAGGAAGUGCUGCAGAGCUGAGAAAGUCCAGCAGAGAAGCUCAGAAUCCAGACAAGCCAAUUACUGGCGCCGAGGAAGAGCCCGCUGUGAUGAAGCCUGCCGACCCGACCAGCGAAGAUGCUGUCAGCGGAGGAGCAGCUCUAUCGCCUACCACUGAAGACUUGCGGAAGAAGGGCUCGGCCAGCACCAAGAAAUCGGUGCCUUCUACCACAUCCUCUCGGACGGCCAAACCCAACGGCAAGCCAGCAGACCUGAAGCCUUCCACCGCGAGCAAACCUUCUUCCAUCAAGUCUCCAACAGAGAACACUCAGCCCACGAAGAAAGCCGGCCGAUCCUCUCUCACAGCUCAAACUGCAGCUUCAGUCGCUCGAGCCUCUGCGAAUGACAAGCCAUCAUUGGGCAGGCCGUCCGUCUCAUCCUCGACGACCUCGAAACCGAAGGUGACGAAGCCUCUCGACAUCUCAUCCAGACUCACCGCUCCGACCGCUGCCUCUCGCGCCAAACACGAACCCGAAUCGACCACCACUGCGCCUGCAACUAAAUCUUCGACAUCGACAUCGACAUCGAGUGCGAAGCCAAAGUCCACGACCGGCGCCGUCACCCGCUCUACACCGAGGUCAUCUCUAGCGCGUCCGAGCUCGAGACAAGCUCAGACGACGGCCAGCAAAAGGACUACAACAGCUCCAGUCGAGAGCGGGUUUCUCGAAAGGAUGAUGAGACCCACCACUGCAAGCUCGGGGAAGACAGCUGCGCCAGAGGAAAAUGCAAAGAGCCCGGAGCCAGUGAAGACGACUACCAAGCCGAAGCAGACAAUACCAACGAGGCCGAAGACAAAUGGCGCCUCGAAGGCCGCGGGCUCGGAGAAAGAUGACAAUAGUCCAAAGAGCGAGGAGUUUCCGCACAAUAAGCCACGGGUCGAGGCUGAGAAGCAAGGGAAAAAGCCAGAGGAAACAAAAGACGCAAAGGAGGGUGCAGCGGCAGCAAAGGAGGUUCCGGACACCAAAUCUCAGACCGAAACCACGCCGAAGGCCGCGGUAGAGACGAAAGAGGAAAAGGUGAAGGAUACUGCACCAGCUGCCAAAUCCGAGACGAAACCCACGCCGAAGGCAGCGACAGAGGCGGAUAAGGACAAAACGAAGGCGACUGCGCCACCUGCUAAAUCCGAGACGAAAGCUACGCCCACGGCAGCAGUAGACGUGAAGAAGGAUGAAUCGAAGGAUACUGCACUAGCUGCCAAAUCCGAGACGAAACCCACACCGAAGGCAGCGACAGAGGCGGAUAAGGACAAAACGAAGGCGACUGCGCCACCUGCCAAAUCCGAGACGACCCCUACGCCUGUGGCAGCUGUAGACACGAAGAAGGAAGAAGCGAAGGAGACUGCGCCAGCUGCCAAAUCCGAGACGAAACCUACGUCUACGGCAGCGGUAGACACGAAGAAGGAAGAACUCAAAGCGACAAAGGUCGAGACGACACCUGCACUCGCCACGAACUCAUCUCCACAGACAGCGGCGCCAGCAGCUGCCAAGUCCGAGCAUGAAGCCAAGGCAGCGGACAAUGUGGAAAGCGAGAAAAAGAAGGAAGCUGCGUCAGCCGCCAAAGUCGAGACCAAGGCUACAGCCACGGCUGCGACAGACACGAAGAAGGGAGAAUCGAAGGCAACGAAAACGGAGACUACACCUAGCCCGACCAAAGACUCAACGGCACCCGCUGCGGCGCGGACAGAGACUGCGAGCACAUCCGCUCCAGGACCAACCAUCGAGCCUCUCGUCGUCAAUGAGCCACCACCAGAGCCAGUGGAGGAAGCCAAAGAAGAGGCACCAAGUUCUCAAGAAAAGACAAACGGCCACGCGCAAAAGACUUCUACUAAACCAGAAGUCAGUUCCGACGUUAUUGAGCCAGAACCUCUUCUAGAGACAUCGCCAACCGAGGAUGCCAAGACAAAGCCAUUAGCUGACUCCAUGUGGGCUAAUGAGACUGCAGAAGGUGACGCAGGGUCCAAGACCGAUGCCGGAGCCAAGUCCUCGAAGAAGAAGGGAAAGAAAGGCAAGAAGGGCAAGACUGCGGCAGAGGUAGAUGAGAAGGCUGAUGAGGGCGAGACUGUUGAGGACAAGUGA